CAGCGACCAUAUAAGCACAUGUCUGCGUUUAGAUGCUCUGCUGUUUUUCAAAGGAGGAAUACAUUUAAAAAUCGCUGCGCUGUGUAAUGUAGCAGGGGUGUCGCAUGCGCUGUGAUUAGGUAUUAUUGAGAUCACCAUCAUCAUCAUUAUCUUUAUGUUCUCGAAAGAUUCGCACAAGGGUUCUUCGCUACGGAUGCAAAGAUGGAAACACACAAAGGAUAAACACAAUAUUAAUCCAGCGAUGCUCAUGACAGACAUUGCGUUUUUAAUGAGAGCGCAACUGACCCAUGGUUGCAUUGUAAAUCAAAUGCACUGAAUCCCUCCUUGAUUGAAUCCGUCGCUUCCCCCUUUCGAAAGGAGCCGCAUCAACAAAACGAUGGGUAGGUCGUUCACCUGGAGGAAAUACAACCAACAUACACUCUCUAUGCAGCACCGGCUCCCUAUUCAGCACUGAGAUGCCUGCGCCCAGCAGAAAGACCAGGAUCAAAGGGCUCAGAGCUACAGCCGGACGCGUGAUUUGGAAGGAGGACCACAAACAGGCGAACCCCGGGUGUCCGACUCGGUGGAGGCCGAAUCACAUCUGCUGGGGACGAGCAUCAAGGGCAGUGCGGCACUCCAGCGCUCCAGGAACAGGCGAAUCAUCCGUACACCUUUAGCUCCACAACACCGCUGCGUUCCUCGUCCGUUUCGAAGAUGCGCUAGAACAACACCGAAACGCAACAAAACAUGUCUUAUUGUAGCAGACGUGUUUUUUACUGCUCUCACUCAGAGGAUUACUCGAGGAUAUAACCCACUGAGUUGGAAACGAUGGUGAGGAGAAUCUGCCAGCGUUUCAGGGGUUGCAAAACGUGCCAAUGAAUUUAUUGCUUAAAUAUAUCCUCAUUUUUCCGUCAUUGGCUACAUUGACACCCCUAAUAAGCAGGACCAUGGGUUGCAUUCAAAGCAUCGCCUGCAAGCCCCGCAUCCGACGGGAGAACAUAGUGGUCUAUGAGGUCUCAGCCUCCAUUGACCAAUGCCCGACCAUCAUUGAGGAGAAUUCGCCCAUCGUCCUGCGAUACAAGACCCCGUACUUUAGAGCAUCGGCGGGUAUCGUGAUGCCCCCGGUUCCUAGAAACGAAACGUGGACUGUGGGCUGGAUCCAGGCGUGCACCCAAAUGGAGUUCUUCAAUACAUAUGGUGAUAUUGGCAUGUCCAGCUGGGAGUUGCCCGAGCUCCGGGAAGGACGGGUGAAGGCCAUAAGCGAUUCCGACGGUGUCAGUUAUCCCUGGUACGGCAACACUACUGAAACAGUGACCCUCUCAGGCCCCACUUCCAAACCGUCUCGGCUAACCGUGAGCAUGAACGACAACUUUUACCCCAGCGUGACUUGGGCAGUGCCCAUCAGCAACAGCAACACACCCAUGCUCACACACAUCACCCGAGACCAGAGCUUCAUCACCUGGCUGGUGGCGCUAAACGCAGACACCAAAGAGCGUAUUGUUCUUCAGACAGUACGGUGGCGUAUGCGGGUAGACAUUGAGGUGGAUCCUUCCAUGCCACUUGGUUCUCGUGCCAAACUGAUGGGACGACCACACCAGGAACAGCCUCACAUUCUCAGCAACAAUGAGCCUAUCCCACCUAAUGCACUGGGCAGGCCUAAUGCCAAUGAUGCCCAAGUGCUGAUGUGGAGACCCAGAAGAGGACAACCUCUGGUGGUUAUACCACCCAAAUAGGACUGUCAUGAGAGUGCCUACAGGACACUGAAGACUGCAUGCACUGUUUAGAUGCUGGAAUUUGGUAUAUCGCAAGCUGCUUUGUGGAUCGCUGGAUCUGUUGAGUUUCUCAAAGAACACAUCAUGACGUUUUGACUGCCUUUAAACUUCAAAGUGUACUAAAUGUGCAGCCAGAUGGAACAAACCCCUUAAGUUUAAGGACUAGUUCACCCAAAAAAUGAAAAUUACUAACCCUCUUGUAACUGUUAUGGAGAACGCAAAAGAAGAUAUUCUGAGGAAUGUUUUAGUAAUACAAUGAAACUCGGUGAAGUCCCAAAAUGUAAACCUCAAAAAAAGGAAGCAUGAUAUUAUAAAUAGAUCAGAAGGAAAUCCUUUAUUUAUUCUAAAAUCAAAUGAUUUAUUGAUGCACAUGUACGGAAGCUGCAUUCCCAUUCAGAGGCGGCAGCUGAAAGCAGAUUUCAUCACAACAGAGCGACAAAGAUUGUCCCCAUUUGAAGGGUGCUUCAAAGGCUUUCCCAUUUCGAAGCCUCCUUCAAAUCCUCCAAACGUGUCCUUUAUUUUAAGGGCUUUAAGGGAUACAACCAAUGGACUAUCCCAAGGCUCACCGUGCAUCAGAGAACAUGCCAGAUUGCACUUUUAAAUGUAUCGCAUUUUAGCUUGGAUAUGCAACAAUACAAAAAGUUCAAACGCCUACUCUUUGGUUUAGAUCUGAAUCUUAUUUAUAUCAACUGUUUAUAAAUUGUUCUAAGUGAACACAAUUAUAAAGAAUGUAAACACUGUUUUGUUUUUCACAAGUUUAAACUGAUUGUUCACCCAAAAAUUUAAAUUCGGUCACCCUUUUUUGUUUUUGUUUGAACCAAAAAUGUAUUUUUAGGAUGUCUGAAAACCUGUAACCAUUGACUUCCAUAACUGGAAAAACAAAUACUAUGGAAGUGGAUAGUUGCAGGUUUACAACAUUCUUUAAUAUAUAUUAUUUUUGUGAACAGAACUGAAAAGUAAAGGAUGAGUAAACGAUGACAGAAUAUUCAUGUACGGGUGAUCUAUACCAGGGUUUCCCAACCCUGUUCCUGAAGGCACACCAACAGUACACAUUUUCAAUGUCUCCCUAAUCAAACACACCUGAAUCACCUAAUUAGAACAUAAGAAGAGACUCCAAAACCUGAAGUUAAUUAGUCAGGUAAGGGAGACAUCCAAAAUAUGUACUGUUGGUGUGCCUCCAGGAAAAGGGUUGGGAAACACUGAUCUAUACCUUUAACAUCUGUUCAAUUGCACUUCAUAAAAAGUCCAACAGAACCGUUGCUCCCGCUGAUCAAUGUUAACUGUCACAGUUGCUACACUGUAAAACCCCAAAAUUUAAGGUAGCUCAAACCAUUUGAGGAAACCGAUAGCAACAUUUAAGCUUCAAUUUAAGUUCAAAAACUAAUCCAAAUGAGUAGUGAACUUAAUCCAUUUGAGUAAAUGAAGCAAUUUGAGCACAGUAAAAGCCAAUAAAUGAAGAGAACUCAAACCAACUGAGUACUGUAAAACCCAAUAAGUUAAGGCAACUCACACCGUUUAA